AUGGCGUACAACAGGAUGAGCAUCAUACCUCAGCAGCAACAGCAGCAGUCGCGGUCGCGCAAAAAAGAAGACGACCCCCUCGCGUAUAUGCGCUUGCCCGACAGCGAAAUUGUAGCCUGCAUCACUGAAAUCGGCAUCAACUUUAGCGUCGCCGACCUCCAGAAACCGAAUCCCGCCCACGUCCAGCAGAUUCUCGAAUGGUUCGCCGAGCUGCUCCUCAAUGCCACGCGCGAGACAAUCGACCCGGCCAUGCGCGCCGCCGCCGAAGACGUCUGCGGCGAGUUUGCCGACGUCAUCCCCCCGGACACGCGUAACCUCAUGGGCUUUUACGUGUCGCUGCGCCGUCUUCUCAACGAAUGCUUAAUUACCGAUUUUUCCUUCAAUGAUCUCUACAAGCCGACGCACGAGCGGCUCGUCAAGAUCUUUAGCUACCUCAUCAACUUUGUGCGCUUCCGCGAGUCGCAGACGUCGGUGGUGGACGAGCACUACAACAAAUCCGAGGGCAUCAAGACGCGCAUCGAGUCGCUGUAUGCGGAAAAUCAGGAAAAGGAAGACCGGCUCGAGGAGAUGCGACACAACCGCAAAGUCAUGGAGGCGCAGGUCGCCGAGAAGACGGCGCGCAACGAGGAGCUCAAGCAGCGGCUGCUCGAGCUGCGCCGGAACCAGGAGCGCGUGGCGGCGCGUCUCGACGAGGCCAAACAGCGCAAGACGGAGCUGACGGGUGUCCUGGAGCAAAAGACGCAGGAGAAGCUGACAUUGCGGCACGAGAGCGCCAAGCUGCGCCCCUAUGUGCUACAGAGUCCCGCCUCGCUGCAGGACCACCUGGCCGAGCUGCGCGAGAUUCUCAACAACGACAAGACGCACAUUGACGCGCUGGACCGGCGAGCGCGCGCGCUGCAGACAUCGUCGGACUCGUUUAGCGCCGUGUCGCUCGACGUCGAGGCGUGCAUCAAGAUUCUCGAGGAGAUUGCGGCGGAGCUGGCCAGGGAGGACGAGGAGCUGGCGCGCCAGGCCAAGCAAAAGGAGGCCCUCACGGAGCGCGGCAACAACGCGCGCGAGGUGGACCGCACAGAGGCCAUGCUGAAGCGGCAGCUGGAGAAGUGGAACGACCGCACCGAGCGCCUGCGCGAGCAGGCCAAGCACAAGGCGGCCGAGGCGCGCGAGCGCGUGCACGAGCUGCGCGCGGUGCACGCCAAGCUGACCGAGGAGCAGGCGGACAAGAGCAAGGAGAUGGCGAUUCGGCGCGUGCGCAUCGAGCAAAAAGAAAAGGAGAUGUUGGAUCUCAAGGAGGCCAUUGAGAAGGAGGUGCAUGCCGCCCAUGAUGAGUACCUCAAGAUGGAGUCGCACAUUAAGCUGUACAUGACGGAGAUGGAACAGGCCAUUAUGCUAUGA